AUGGAAACUGCCAAACCACCAACAAGUUUAUCGAUGCUGCUGCUGCUGCUGCCGCUGUGGGUGACCAUCGGCUCGGCGCUGCCCAAACGCGAGCUGCAAAUGCUCGAGAUGAUGCAGAACAUUUUGGGCGUGGACAGCGCCGAUUUGAGUGGACGCAGCCAGCGCUCGAGUCCCAUGCUCUUCGCCGCCUCGGUGCCCUGUGAGGACAGCCUGCCCGAGGACAGCAGCGCCCAGCUGAGCCUGUUCGACGGGGACUUCGACGAGAGCGAGGAGUGCGGCGACUAUGGACAACCCUGCCACGGUGCCGCACAGCUGCCUUCGGGCCUGGAGCCCUGCGCCCGGCCCAUGCUGCCCAUGCAGCAUCCCUGCUUUGUGCGAGUCGUCUUGCUGCGCACGCCUCUGCUGCGGCACGAUCCCUGCACUAACUUCACCCUGGGCAUGGCACAGCCGACGACAACCAGCAGCACGACCAGCGCCUCCGCUAAGAAACCCAGGGGCAAAAAGUGCAGAUCCAAGAUGCGCAAAUCGACGCCCAGACCCACGCCAGGCAGCAACAGCACCAGCUCCAGCACAAGCUCAGCUACAAGCACCACGGAACUGGAGACAACAACAACAAGUACAAGGCCAACCACAACGAGCAGGCCAGCUGAAACCAGCACCACAGAGCGCACCACGACUUCGUCAACCACAGCCAGGAGCACAACAACAAAGACGCCGAGCACUACAACAACCGAAUUGCUGCCCACCAUAAUGGAGCUCGACGAGAUGUCAACCACAAUCACAGCGCCGAGCAGCUCCACCGUCGUCUACACCCGACGCAACAAGCUGAAGUCCUUGCGCGGCAGGCGCCGCAAGCAACAGCGCGGCAAGUUGGCAGGUGUGCCGGAUAAGCCCACGAUCAAAUUGGAUGGCAGCAUGCAGCCCAGUGAUACGUUUCCGGUAUUUCUGACCACGGAGGCCGCCGAGCUGAGAUCACGUCCCAAGUCCACCACGUUGCGGCCGGAAGCGCUGGCCACAACAUCGACAGAAAGUGAAACAACAACCGAGUGCAUCGAAGCAUCCGACGAUGAGGAAACCGCAACGGAAAACGCUGAGAGCAGAACAAACGAAGAAGAAGAAGAAGAAGACAAAGAAACUGAAGCCAGUGAAGACUGUGAAGAUGCCGAAGAUCAGGAUACGAAUCUAUGCCCACAGUUUUCAGCGCCUGAGGAGGCAGCCAACAUGCGACUUAUGCCUUCUGGAAGCCGCUUUCGCAAGCCAGUCAAGAACUAUGUGGAGCCGAUUCUGUAUGAGGGCCAGUUCGCCAAGCCACGACAGCGGAUCGGCAUGUUGCCACCGCAACGACGAGAUUUCUAUGUGAGCAACAAGCAGAUCAUGCCCAGACCGAGGCCCAAGCUCCGGCAGCCGCUGCCGCAUUCAAUCUACAUGAACAACAUUGUGCGUGGACUCAAGUGCAGCGAUGAGGCUGGCGCACACGCCCAUCCGCCACAGCCAGGUCGCUUCCUGUCCCGGAAGCCGGCCACAACGCCACAGCGUAUCUGGCUGAACAGACGCAAUGGGGCAGGCUACGCGCCGUUGCGCUCGCAGCCUUCAGCACAAGGCCCGCAACGCGGACGCGACAAUCCGCUGUAUGGACUCAGCUCCGGCGAGGAUCCGGACUCGUAUGGCCACGACAGCGAUCAGUACUAUGAUGAUGACACACCCGAUCGCCUGGCCUGGCCACGCGAUCAUCCAUUGCAUGGAUCUUUCAAGAAACUGAUUAUUGGAGAUAUGGAAAAUACAGAAUCUGGCAUCACAUAUUGA